AUGAGAAUAUAUUCGACCAUUGUCUCAAUUGAAAUAUUAAACUCGUGCAAAACUUGUCAGAAAAUACACAAGUUAUGCAAACAAUGUUUAUAUCACCUUAUGAUUAUCGAUCCAGAAUCCAAUAUCUUUGCCAAUGAGUAUGGAACAACGGGUAAAACAUACAUCAAUAGCUCAUUCAAAUUGAAACGGUUUAUUGAAGUUUUCAACAAGACAUCAAUUAAUAGCAGCCAUGUUUACCCAAUUCAUUUCAAGAGUCUUUUUGAUUCAUUAGACAUAUACGACUACCAAUUAAAUUAAGAUUUGAUUCAGAUGCUCACUAAAUUCUAUAAUUUACAAAAUUUUAUUUGGUUAGAUUGAUAAUUUCCGCUUGAAGUAUUCAUACAAUUUGCCUGAAAAACAUUUUCUAACUACUUUAAUUCUCAAUUCUCAAUUUGAUAAUUAUUUGAAUGAGAUAUAUAAAGAUGUUAAAUUGGGGGAUCUUCAUAAAUUGAAUUUCCUCAGUUUAGUCAACAAAUUAAUCCAUUUUAUAAUGCAGUUAAACUACAUGUGAUUGUUGAUGAACUACUUAUCAAGGCCAAUAGUGUGAGUCGAGUGAGUGACAAGUUGCGAAUAUUCUCUUUUGCAGGGCAAAACCUAGUCACCAAAAUUGUUAAAAUUACAUUUUUGAAGAGUAUAUUGCGAUAUUUACCCAAUUGGGCAUCACUUUCACUCAAUGACACAAUUGUAUCUGCUGUUGAUGAUGAGAAUUUAUCCAAAAUGGUCGCUUUGUCAAAAUUGGGAUUUUCUCAGUUGAGACGAGUUACUGAAAUGGCAUGUGGCGAUCAUCAAAGUUCAUUUCUUGUUUGUCUUUCUUCUACACUACCUUGUCUACAUUAUUUAUCCUUAUAAAUUCAGGAACAGGGAGAUACAGUUGUUGAGUUCAGACUGAGCUUAUUGCCACAAUUAACCUCCCUCAAUAUUUUCAUAGGCACAGAGAGACCUAUUGAACUAGCUCACUUUGUCGCAAAACAUACUCACUUGAAGAAACUAUCAAGAGAGACAUACGCGUCUACAAAUGACGUAUUAUACAGUACACCCUUUGAAUUAUACCCCGCUUUAAUCUCGUCCAAUUUGAGUAGUCUUCGGAUAAACGACACUGCAAACACCCGAGGGUUUGUGUAGUUAAUAUCAUCACAACAACAACUCAGAUUCUUGGAAGUAAUUGAUGCAAAAGCUGGUGGUGCACCAAGUUUAGGUCUUGAAAUGGUUCAUCUGACUGUAUUUUACGGGUGGUUCAAAGUCCAACAUGUGGUGUUGCUCUACCUCAAUAAUAACCUGAAGAUUGAAUAUACUAGAACUAAUAAUUGUAUAUUCCAGUGUGAACUGGAUAGAACAGUGAAACCACGAGGCUAUUUGAAUGGUUGAUUUGAUGAGAAGAUGAAAGUGUGUUGCAUGGGGACUGUAACAAAUGUGCCAGGUGAUAGAUAA